GCGGCUCGAAGAUAUCGAGUUACCGUUAGCAUCAGUGGCAGGAAUCAGACAAAUUGAAAAAAACCUUGAUGUUUUAAACAAACGCAGCAUUAUCACAGAAUGGUGUGAUCCUCAAAAAGAUACCAAGCAGAGUAUACAAAAUGACCAGCUCUACGAGGAACGUGCAUUCGGAGUCUGGGUUUGUCCCUCCAAUCUGGAAAGAAAAACUUUAAACCAAAAGCAGUCAGCAUUUCGCACACCGAAUUCAUUCAACCAAACAACCAAAACAAAUCAACGAAAAAUAUCGAUAAAUACACGAAAAUCAUCAAAGAUGGGAACCAGCAGAAGCAUACCCAUAAAGAAUUACCGAAUCUCCAUUGGCCAAAGUAUUGAUACACUCAGGAGGUCGCUACCUCCAAAAUAUCAAUUAGAGAAUGCUAAACGACUGGAUAGUUUCAAAUGGCAGAAACAGAGUUCGGAUCUAAGGUCUGUUUUUGGCUUUAAAACUUCUGAAGGCCCACCUUUAAUAAAUGAACAUCGCCUUUCGAGGCAAAGUAACGGGGUAAAUAUGGAAUGCCAAACGCCUACUGAAACCGCUGAUCCCGAUGCGAGCCCUGAUAGUCUUGAAAGCGGCAACAUUGUUGAUAAUGUCAACAAUCACCCUCGCUGUUCAGCCUCAACACUAUUUUCUAAUAAAAAAACUGCAAACAAAAAAUUGCGUGAAGUGCCCAAUCUCGAAAGCGGUCAUGUGGUCCAGAAGAUUAGUGCCUAUGAAAAAAACAGCUGCUGUGUCAGACGAGAACGCUGGUCCCACCCCAGAUCAGGGAUGACGGAGAUGAUGCAGCGCAAGUCGAUCGGGGUUCCUCUAGUCGGGAUGCAUAAUACCUGUGGACUGCCAGACAUCGCUCACUGGCAGAGAUUAACACUUUCCAAAUCUUCCUCGGGAGAAAAAGUUUUAAGAGGCCACAGAUAUUUGAGAAGCCGGAGUCAGAAGCACCCUAAGAUAAGAGAACCUCAAGAUUUAGGGGGAAUAUAUCUAAGAACAGGGUGGUCGAUAAAUAAGGAAGGAAGUUCAGGGGUUCUUUUGGAAGGCGAAGUGGUAAGAGGACGACACUUUACGCCAAAGAUGGAGGUCUGGAAGCGGUUAAUGCUCUUAAAAGACUGUGCUUAAAUCCACUAGCACGGAAUAACAAAGGUGAUGUGAUGAUUUGGUGAUGCACCUCCACACAGAUGUUCAUGAGUCUCAUGGUGUUAAGCAUUAAUUGCUUCAUUCUACUUAUUGUAUUGAAAGUGCCUUUGUAAGCAAAAUCUUAUAUGUCAUUUGAUUGCAAUAGCACACUGAUAAACCUUGCUGUUAACAAAUAUAUAUUCCGGUAUAAGACUGUACCGUUUAACAUGCAGAUUACAGAUAUUAACCUUUACGCUAUAAGCAUUUUUUUAACCUUGUCUCUGUAAACUAGGAUCUGUUCACCGCAUGGUUUUUUAUUUGUAAAAGAACGUAUGUAAAUACAAA